AUGACUAUUACUCAAUUUUCAAUGCAACGAAUUUUUAUUUUAUUUUGGCUAUUGGCUUUUAAUGUUAAUGUUUCAUUAUCAUUCAAAGGUCGUCUUUAUGCUAUUGAUCAAUCAUCGAGCACAGCAGCUUUUGUUCAAAUCAGUAAUAAUUCUACAGACUAUGAUCGUCUGUUAAAUCUUCGUCGUGCAUCAAUUUCUGGACCAGCAACUGCUAUGAAAACGAUUGAUAAUCAAAAUUAUGUUGUUACAUAUCAUAUAUCUGAUUCAUUCGGUGUACCACAUUAUUAUAUUUUAACAAUAGAUGUUCAGAAUACAAUAAAAUUGAAAAGUAAUUUUACAAUAACUGGACGUGGUUCGGGUUCAUUUUGGCAAAUAGCAGAUGAUGAAAAACAAAUUGUUGGCAUACGUGAAUCUAUGCAAGCAGGUGCCAGUCUUGAACUAGCAAAGAUUGAUCGAACAACUGGUCAAGUUGAAACACAUGGACUGUAUCCAUAUGGUUCAUAUAGUUUAGUAAUGGCAUUUGCGCGUGAACGUCGUUUAUAUUAUAAUAUUAUAGAAUCAAAUAUAUUUUGUGCAAUUAAUGUCGAUACUGGAAGUUUAGAUAUUAAAAUGUUAGUACCGAACGAUUAUUCAAUAUAUGCAUUAAUCUAUGAUUCACAAACAGAUCGUCUUAUAUCACUUGUUUAUUCAUCGAAAGUUGUUAAAAAAGCUUGGUUUCUUGCAACGAUUAACAUUGAUAAACAUUCAUCAAGUAUGACAUUUGAAAGAAUUGGACAAUCAAGUAUCCCAAUGGAAGAUGAAUAUUCGUGGUCAACAACAUAUACAUUAGCAUUGAAAGAACGACAAUGGUUAAUACAAUAUAUGUUUUAUGAAGAUUUUUCUAAUGAAACAAAAGAGCAAGUUAAAUAUAUUGAUAAUGAUUCACAAAAUCAAAUUCGAAAUCCUGAAAUGGGCUUCUUAUUUAAGAUGAAACAAACAGAAUUUAUUUUAACAGAUUUUCUUUUUAAAUUAGGAAUUAUAACAUUUAUAUGUCGAACUGAUAGUGGACAAACUUAUCCAUGUCAAGAAAUUUAUUUAAAAAAAAAUACUGAUAUUCCUCUUCGAUUAUUUGAAGUUCGUCGUACAAACUGGAGAGUUAUUCAAGUAACAAUAGAUUUUACAGUUAUAUCAAUCGGAAAACCAGAUGACAAAUACUUUAAUUCAAUUCCAAAACAAUGGUCUCUCACUUGUCUAGAUAUUAAUCUCGGAGUUUUAUUUUAUCCACAAACAAUAAAAAUAAAUUUAGAAGAAAGUACAAAAGUUCAAGUUUGGCUUCGAACUCCUCCACAUCGAAUAAAUGGAAAUGAUACUCUUACAAUUCAAUGGAAACCGAUGAAUUUUACUGAUAGUUUUGAAUGGACACCAAAAGAAUUUAUUUUUAACACUAAAAGUUUUCAAGAAAGACAAAUAUUAACAAUAACUCGUAUUAAAGAUACAGAACAAACAAUGCUUAUUCCAGUUUUUUAUGGUGGAGGUUUCGAUCUUGUUUCACCACAAAGUUAUCCUAUAUAUAUUCAAUAA